UUUCUACAAUUUUCCAAUGGGAGAGAAGGAGAGAGGGGACGCAGACCGUUGCCUUGCUGAGGUGCUCAAAACCAGCGACCGGAAUUUGACCAGAGCAAUCAAACCCAGAUUUAUUUUUUGGUGACACAAUUCUAAAUGCAGAGAUCAGUUAUUCAAAUGCUCUAAAAGAUCUCUGUCUCUCCCUUCUCUGUGUCUCCCAGAGGUUGACCAAUCAUUUGUUUCAGCAACUGCAUGGUCUUAGAAAGUAAAAAAAAAAAAAAAAAGCCUUGAAUUCAAUAGAGGAGGGCUUAGUAUGUCUUGCUGUUCCCAGAGUGAAUUUGACUGUAAACUAAUCACCUUUUUAAAGAACAGAUGUGGUUCCAAAAUAACCAGCACCAAGAGAUGCAAACCAAAACCAAGAUCUAAUGGGAAGACAGCCAGUUCAAUAUGCUCAAGGAAAGAUGCAUGCGAAGUUACAAGCAAAGGGAACAGUGAUAACUUUGCAGCUCGAAAUUGGAGGAAACGAGUGGCUCAGCAUAAAUCCUAUGGUACCAAUUCUUUUGAGAUGCUCUCAACCUCGAAACUUGGAGGAAAGUACUCAAUUUCUAGCUGUAAAGGACUUGAAAAGAAUGCUGGUGGGGAUAUGGGAGCUCAAAAACCAGACAAAAGGCGAAAACGGAAGAGGAGGAAGAAAAAUAUGGAGCAGGAUGAAGCAUCUCGCUUGCAAAGAAGAACAAGGUACUUGCUGAUUAAAAUGAAGCUGGAGCAGAAUCUUAUUGAUGCUUACUCUGGUGAAGGUUGGAAAGGACAGAGUCGAGAAAAGAUUAAGCCAGAAAAUGAGCUACAGAGAGCCAAGAAGCAGAUAGUGAAGUGCCAACUUGGAAUACGUGAUGCAAUUCGCCAACUGCAUUUGCUUAGUUCUGAAGGAUGCAUUGAAGACUCUGUGAUUGCUCCAGAUGGAUCUGUUUUCCAUGAACAUAUUUUCUGUGCAAAGUGUAAGUCGCGGGAUGCUUUUCCAGAUAAUGACAUCAUACUCUGUGAUGGGACUUGCAACUGUGCUUUCCACCAGAAAUGUCUGGAGCCUCCGUUGGCAACUGAAAAAAUUCCUCCAGGAGAUCAAGGAUGGUUUUGCAACUUUUGCGAGUGUAAGAUGGAAAUACUAGAGGCAAUAAAUGCACAUCUCGGAACCCACUUCCCUGCAAACAGUAAUUGGCAGGAUAUUUUCAAGGAACAAGCUGCUUUGGUAGAUGGUGGAAUUGAAUCUCUGAACCAGGAAGAAGAAUGGCCCUCUGAUGAUUCUGAGGAUGAUGAUUAUGAUCCAGAAAGAAAUGACAAGAGCUGCAGUUGCAGUGGAGAAGGCACUGAAGAGAACAUAUCUGAUGAUGCAAGUUCUUCCAGCAUCUUAUUUUGGUCAUCUGGAGAUGAUGUUAGCCUAAAAUCUGGGAGACAAGUGAAUGAUGAAACUCCAAAUGGUGACUCUCCUCAGGGUAAAAAUAGAAGUAGGGGCUCUGACAAUGACUUUAUUGACUCACUCACAAGUGUAGAUUCUGAUGAAAUUACAGGCCGACGUAGACAGCGAAGAGAUGUUGAUUAUAAGAAGCUCCAUGAUGAAAUGUUUGGUAAGGAUGAUCAUGAAACUACACAGCUUAGUGAAGAUGAAGACUGGGGGCCUGGUAGAAGAAAGCGUAGAGAAAAGGAGUCAGAUGUGGCCAAUGCCCUCAUGACUUUGUGUGUAAAUGAGGACAGACGUUCCACUGUGGUUCCCAUGGAAUCUAAGGAGAAACCUUAUUCAGUUUCAGACAGAAAAAUUUUUCGGAUUCCCCCUAGUGCAGUUGAGAAGCUUCGGGAAGCCUUUUCUGAAAAUGAGCUUCCUUCAAGAGCUGUCAAGGAGAAUCUCUCACAGCAGUUGGGUCUUGCAUCUGAAAAGGUAAGUAAAUGGUUCAAGAAUGCCCGGUACACUGCUCUAAAAGUCAGGAAGGCAGAAAGCAUACAACAACUACAAAGUCCUAUACCUAAAGAAUCAGGUGGAGAAAUUGUAAAAAUCAAUCCUGUUAAUCAAGUAGGAUCCGUAGACAACCGUUGCUUGGUCCUAUCUGCAACAAAGGUCAAUGUACCCAAAAAAAUUAGAAAAGUUCAUCAAAGAAAGAAACCAGUGUCUGUAGCAACUGCCUCAAAGACAAAGCAACAUAAAAAAGCUGGAAAUGCAUUGCCCUCUGGCAUGAGUCAGGUAAGACCUGGGAGAAGUAACGGACUGAGUUUGAAGAAGCAAAUAAACAGUUUAAAAGGAAAAAAUGCACUGGAUAAAAGGGUUCAACCCCAGUGCAGAAUUGGAACCUCUAAGGUAAAUGAGAUGAAGAACAAGGAACACCUUUACUUGACUGAGUUGGAGAGAUUGUGUUGUCUUCAGAAUAAGAUUGAAAGACUGAAGGCACUGUCAAGAAUAUGCAAUGACAAGACUCAUGUGUCGGAUGAAAUCUUGGAUAAACAACAGGUAAUCUAUGUUCCAGUUGCAGAGGUAAGGGAAAAGUGUGAUUUCAGAUAAUCUUUCAUGAGAACACAAAUUUUUGCAGAUUAUUAAAGAGAAAUAGAUAUCUUACUGUUUACCUUUCCAUUCAACUGUUCAUGAUCUCUGCCAGAACAUUGAAUACCACCCAGUUUGUAACUACAAACAUUACAUGUAUAAAUAUUACAGAAGAUAAUUCUGGUGGAAUUGAAUGUUAACAGGGAAAGAAAGUAAAAUUUUGGACUGU